AUGGAGUGGCAAGAUGCUGUGGAUCUAUCCCGGUUUAUUGUGAGUGCAGCACCUUUUGGUGGUCCAAUAGGUAAGUACAUCAGACUUCUUCUAAGUGUUGUUUAACGAACAGGGUGGUCAGGUUUCAUUUCCCUGCAUUAUCUUAGGGUAAAUAGGACUCACCAGGGUAAACGUUGAAGAGCCAGAACCACAGAAAUGUUCUUAACAGCACUGUAAGUACCGGCAUUAAUUUGUAAGUUAUGUCUAUAAUUAUCAGCAAGAGUCCAUUAUACUGUACCAGAAUUUUGUUUCAGUCAACUGUCUGUACAUGUCAAAGGAUUUGGCUGAAAAAAGUUUAAAGGAAGAAAACAACUCUGAAUAAAACAUGCAAUUGAUAAAAUAUUAAAAAAUGUCAUUACUUUCAACCUGCAGUCCAGCUGUGUUGUAUGUAGAUGCUUAACUGUCAGUAAUAGUUAAAAAAAAAAUAAUUGAAGGGCUCCAUGCUAAAUUGCCCCAUGCCCCUGUGGUGUAUUUUUGGGAUGAUUGGGAUUUAAGUAAGUUUAAUUGCUAAUGCACACCAUUGCUAGCUCAUUUACUCUUCAACAUUUAUGGGGGGUCAUGUAGCAGCUGCUCAGAAGAGAAGUCACCAAUGGUGCCUAACCCUGACCCCAAACAAUACUGAAACAAUUGAAAGAAUGACGUCAUUGUUUUCUGCGACCAAUUAGGAGAGACCUUAUGAGCAGCUCCUACACAACUGUACAAGGGGGUGAGGACAGUACAUCUAAAUAUUUACAUGUCUUGCAGCCCCCCACAUUGAGAUUUCCUUUUUGGAGGAAUGGUUUGUAUUUGUUGUAUUUAAAAUUUUCAGCUCUGAUAAGAGAUGACAAGCAUUUUGCUCGAGUCCAAGGAUCAGCUAUUAAUAAACCCAUCAUUCACAUUUUUUCCUCUGCUGGAAGGGAACUUUCCACAGUCAAGGUAUGUGUCUUUUUUAAGGUCUACUGCUACUUGUUGCUUAACAUGGGAACACAGACAAAGAGGAGUGUCGAUCAGGCAGAGCAAGUUACUUGUUGCUUAAUGUUAAAAAAUUUUGUCAAUAUUGUUCUUGGCUAGAAGACUAACUGUCAUCAUUUUCUGUUGUUGCAUUGGAAAAGGGCGGGAACUUGUAUUAUCAUAUGGUUGGUUCUGUGAGCAGGAAAGAUGAAGUAACAUUCUGACUGGUUACUGAAGCAGGCAUAAUGGAUCUAUCACUAGUCUGCUUCACAGCCGUUUUUAGUGUUGUCACGCAGUGCUCCCACCCACCUCCCUUGUGGGGAGGAGUGUUGCGUGACAAUGCUAAAAACAGCAGUGAAGAAGACUAGUCCAUCGAUACAUGGGAACAAGAACAAAAACUAAAAUGUUCUGCUUCUGUAGGCUGUUGAUCAAGUGUUCUUUUUUGUUCUUAGUGGGAUGGAGGCCCCAUAGUUCAGAUGGGAUGGGCCGUCACAGAGGACCUACUUUGCGUGGCUGAUGAUGGUACCGUAAUGGUGUAUGACAUUCAUGGCGCAAUCAAGAAAACCUUGUCAAUGGGACAGGUAAGUGUUAAAUCUUUUUGUGUCUUGAAAAGGCUGAAAAAGAAGACAUGAUGCAUGUAUGUUUGUAAAUCACCACAGUUUGACAACUUCUAGCCAACUUGAAGCUCAUCUUAGCCCAUUGAUGCCAUAUCUUAUGUCAGUAAAUUCUUUAACCACCCCAAGUAAAUAAAUUUUCUGACAAAUUAAAUAAUCAUUAAUUUUUCCAUAACUAUGAGCAAAAUAAAUGUAAUUUAUAGUAUAUUAGCAUCAAAAACCUAAGUCAGAGACUAUUUGCUACUUCAUUAAAAGGGUUGUACAAAAAUAGAGUAUACUCAUACAUUUACUUCUUUUCUCCUUUGUCUCCUAGUCCUAAUUUUUCAUGAAUUAGGGCUAUGACACAAAGGAAAUUGAGAGUCAACCAAGUUUAACAAAAUUUUAAUCUGAGUAUGAUUUUGACCUGUAACGUAUUUACAUUUUGUAUGUUGUUUUUGCAUGUGGCCUUCUCAAAAACACAGCAGCUUCAUAGAUCUGGUGCUUUUAAGUUGGGUAUAGGAGACAACUGGUAAUUUUUAUCUGAAUUUUUUUGUAGGAUGCCAAGGAAUCUAAAGUUAUUGACUGCAAAACCUAUAAUUUUGCUGGAAGGACUGGCAUAGCUAUCCUGACUAGUAAUUACCACUUUUAUGUUGCAAACAACGUGGAAGAGGUCAGGAGUCGACGGUAUUAUGACCCGCCAGGUAAAAAAAUCAUAAAGUUCAGUGUUUCAGAGAGAUCAUUAAUGUUUUAUUUUGAAGUUACAUGUUCAUCUCACGUGCUUUUUUUAUCUAUAGAACUCAAUAUCUGCUUGUGUCUCACUUUCCUUUGGUGAUAAGUUUGAAUUUGAUGAGAGUUAAAGUGUUGUUCAACAGGCAAUAAACAAAUCUUGUCACGCAUCACUCCUUGUAGCAUUUGACGGACUUCAAGUGCGGCGUGAA